CGUGUGUCUGUAACUCGUCAACUCUUCUAGUGAGCUAGAAGCAAGAUUCGCUAUUUCAACCUAGUUGCACUACUAGGUAACAAUAUUAUAUAAAUAAGCGAAUAGAUAUAGGUUCUGAUUUGAAUCCAAUAAGGCCGAGGAUCAAGGAAAGGAGUGUACAACAUAUUUUAAGUGAAUCUCCUUAUGUGAUUUUAAAAGUUGGACAAAAAUAAGAAGGUAGGUUAGAUUAUGAAAUAAGAACAAGUUGUUUCACACAGGAAACAGGCGGAAAGCAUAUCCUAGUAUAAAGACACAACGCGCGCAGCAGAGUGGUGACCUGGCCAGAGCGCGAUGUUUGGAAUGAUAAAGAAUUCCAUUUUCGGGAACACGGAAGAAACGGACUACAAAUUGCUCAGCAGCGAGACCAAGGAGGGGGUCAGCUACGAGGUGCGGAGGUACGAUGGUGUAAAGUAUGCCUCAGUGAGCUCAGAGGGGCGGACCUUUGACCAGGUGACGGGGGAGCUAGUGAGGAAGCUUCUCGUGUACAUUGGGGGAAGCAACGACCAAGGGGAGGCAAUGGGGACGACAGCACCGGUUAUCAUCACAGUAUAUCCCAGGGACGACGGUGUGAUGUCACGCCGUUUGGUGGUUAGCCUCAGGAUUCCUACCAACUACCAAGUCAGUCCCCCUGUGCCCAUCGACAGUGCCAUCAGAAUCGAGGAUCGACCCGGCAUGACUGUCUACUCACUGCAGUUUGGAGGCUUCGCAGGGGAGACUGAGUACCGAGCAGAGGCCUCUCGCCUAACCAAAACUCUUGGUGAGACUGCCCCAUUUCAGCGGAAACAGUACUUCUGCUGCACCUACGACCCACCAAUGAAACCCUACGGCCGACGCAACGAGGUGUGGUUCCUACAGGAGGAGCCAUAAGGGAAGCAUUAAGACCGACUCUUAAUAACCUAUAGUCACUUCCUCUCCUUCGUCUUCACUGUUCACUCCACAUCUGGAUCUUUAUCCCCAAAAAAAUAGGAUAUGUGAACACAAUAUGGCAACAACAGGGGAUUUGUUUUCAAAUCAGUGCAAAUGAAGGAGAGGUGAUGCAAAGAAGUGUAUUAGACUAUUGAAAGGUCAUAAAGGGGAGGGAUGGGCAGCAGGCUACAUAGUUACUGGUCCAAAGUAGUGCAAUAGUACGGUACCAUUAUCAGUAACUGGAUAUUAAGUGGCCUUGGGUAGGAGCCACUAACCACAAUGUACCGCUGUGUGUUAUAGGUGGUACAUCAUUAAGUUCUUAUUUUGUACACCCAGGGUUUGACACUCCCCUUAAAACAUGCUUCAUAGUGCUGGGAAGAAAAGCACAUUAAAUCACUGUACACAUAUCACUAUUCAGCAGUCUAAUUAAAUGAUGCUUCACUUCACACACACCAUAAAAACAAAAUGACAGUUAAGUAUUCAAUAAGUAAAUUAAGUUUUAAAAAGCACAAUUCCUUUUCCCAAGGGAGGGGAUUGGAAAUAAACUAGGAAUUGAGCCAUAGAGUAGUGAUAGUCAAAUGUUUUCCUGAGUAUGAAUUAGUUGGUGGGGAGGGUAUGAAGGGGAAAUGUGUUAGUCAUUCCUUAAGUGUUAUCAUUUGAGAUGUCCAAUCCUUCUGUGAUGAUGACAUGAAAACUUUAAGACAGCAGUUGUGUGUAGUGAAUGUUUUGGCGUGCUUGUAUUUGGAGUCUUUGAAUUGUAAUGUUAAUUAUUAUGAUUCUUGAAACUGUAUUUUGAAAUACCUCUGUAUGGUGUGAUUUUCUGUGAAAAUAUGGAGUGACGAUAUCGUCAGGAUUUGAUAGCGUUUUAUAUCAUAAUAUGUUAUUCAAGAUAUUACUAAUACGAUUUUUUUGUGCAAUACUGACAUUUCCUUUUUUUUUUUGUUCUAUACAAAAAAAAGAAUGCUUAAAAUACUGGCACACCACUGUUUUGGAUAAUCGAUUUACAUAAACAUUUAUUUAUUAUUAGAUUUUGAAUCAAUAUAAAGAACUCAAAAUAAGGAGUAUGGUUUACAAACAAAAUAUUUCAGACAUUUGAUUAAUUUAAGCAGAUAAUUAAAACCAACCAAACCUCUAACCUAAAACUAGUACAAAAAUGUCCUCUCUAUGCACUCUGAGAAAAUAGCAAUUAUAUGGUCUGUUAGUCACUACAACUCAGUUUAAUCAGGAAUAAAUUAGUGGUUUUCACAGGUUAAUUCAUCACAACUGCAAGAAAGCACUGUGUAGCGGGCUAGCGGCUAAAUAAAUACAUGGCCUAGUAACCCAACACUUGUGUAAUUGCACAGAGUAGGGUUUUGGUUUCAGCCGGGCUUUGCAUUCAUCAAUACAAUAUACAAGGUUCGACUAGGACAUGGGUUAUUCAUGUGACCAGUUAUCAUCUCUAGGCUCAACACAAGUUAUUUGUGAGAUCUAGGAACAUUGCACAUUACCAAUAAUCUCACAUAUGUAGCGGUACAUGUCAGUGCUCCAUCCAAUUGCCAUAUUCAAACAACAUGCACUUCCUUCCUUCCUUCAAUAAAAAGCCAGAAAUAAUCUAGAAAGGUAUGGUGUGCAAUGAGAGCACUGGGAACUUCAGCUUUCAUUCAAGGCUCUCUGGAACAAACUUAAACCACGCACCAACACAAUGGAAACACUUACUGUGAACGUGAAUGUAAAAAUACUUUACAAUACUAGUAGGAAUAGAAAUUGUCGUUUUGUUAAUAAGCAUCAACAUUUUAAUUGAAAAUGGUUAUAAAAUGUAUUUUGGUAAUAAACCUCUAGAUUUAAAAAAUGCUGUAAAUAUUUAAUGCCUAUACAUUCCCCAUACUGCCCAUCACAUGUUCCUCAACAGGGCAGUUAGAAACCCUUCCCUAAGUACAGGACACUUCCACAUUCUAACAGACUGAGGGAGAGAGAGACCACCAUGAUAACUGAAAAGAUUGAAUACUUAUCUGUUAAGUGAAUAACCAUUUACUUGGCAAUUGACAAAAUAAAAUAAACUGAGUGGGAGGGGGUGAAAUAAAGCUUUACUCAUGAUUAAAAGGAAACAUUCAUCAUUUGAAAAUGUC